AGGCAGUCAGUAUUGCAAUUGUAUCAUUGUUGUUGUUGUUAUCAUUAUUAUUGUUGGUGGUGGUAUUUUGUUGUACGUCGUACAAGUGAUGUGGAAAGUGGCUUCUGCGCUUUUAGUUUCAGUUGUUUUCAACGCGUUGAUCACUGUCGUCGCCGUUGUGAUCUUGCCAAGUUGGAGCAUUUAUUUUUGCUUGAACGUUUUUAUUUUUGGUUUCUUAUUUUAUUAAAUUAAAUCGCGUGCUUAUAUUUUUGUUUUUUCUUUUUUGACAUUUAUUGUGUUUAUCGUAUUUUGAAAAACAAAACAAUUUAAUAUAACAACAAAGAAGUAAAUAUCGUGCACAUUUAAAUUUACGCUGUUUUUGAUUAUAACAAUUUUCUGUUAUUUUCAUGUGUGGAAAAGCUUAUUGAGUUAGAUAUAUUCUCUCUCUCUAAUCACAUCAGACACAAUGCCCACCAAAGAACAAAAUGGUGGUGUAAGCAUUAUAAAAAAGCUACGCCGAUCAGCUUCAGCCACAGAGCAUAAUCUAAGUGAGUUGCGGAAUCGUAAAUCCACAUCAAACCUCUUCGAUCAAAAUGGGAUACCUAUAGAUUUACGACAAUUUCGAAAAGUGCUCGAUAGAGAUGAAAAUGGCAAUGGUAGCUCAGAGAAGAAAAUGAGAUAUAGACGUACACAAAGUGUAACACGAGCCGAAGAAAUUACAACCAAAGAAGAGAAACAACGUAAAAAGCAACCAGAUAAACCUUGCCAUCGUCCACGGGACUCAUUAUUUUCAUGGAGUUCUGGUUUCAGUAAUUUCACAGGUUUAGUCAAUUGGGGUUUUCUAUUACUUACAAUUGGUGGUUUUCGUUUAUGUCUAGAGAAUCUACUUAAAUAUGGUAUACGUAUUAAUCCCAUCGAGUGGUAUUUCUUUUUAAGUGGCCAAAACGAAGGCGAGGGACACGCAUCUCUUUUUUUGAUACUAUAUUCCGUUGUACAUAUAUCGUUAUGUCUAUUGGUUGAGAAAGGGCUAGCUAUGGAAAUAAUUUCGGAGGGCCUCGGUAUGUUUGUGCAAGUUCUCAAUAUUAUUGUGGUUGUACUGUUGCCAGUCGUGAUUAUUCAUCUAAAAGGACAUCUUUUUAGUUUAAUGGGGGCUUCAACAGUUUGUUUUUUUUAUUCCAUUUUGUUUUUGAAACUGUGGAGUUAUGUGCAAACAAAUAUGUGGUGCCGACAGACAUAUCAUAUGAAACAAUAUAAUCCCAGAGAAAGACGUCCUAGCAUAACAGUCGCUGAGUUGAAAAAUGGACACUUGGAUCAUGAAGAAGAGAAGGAUGAAGCUAUACCCGAAUUAGUUCAAUAUCCCGAUAACCUCUGUUACAAUGACAUAUUUUAUUUUCUCUUCGCUCCAACAUUGUGUUAUGAACUGAAUUUCCCCAGAACGACACGCGUGCGUAAACGUUUUCUACUCAAACGUUUGUUGGAAGUGAUUUUCGGCGUGAACGUGGUUAUGGGUUUGUUUCAACAAUGGAUUAUACCAUCAGUGCGUAACUCUUUGAUACCAUUUUCGAAUAUGGAUGUAGCUUUGGCUACAGAACGUUUAUUAAAACUGGCUUUACCGAAUCAUUUGGUAUGGCUAUGCUUUUUCUACUUAACGUUCCAUUCAUUUCUGAAUGCCAUUGGUGAACUAAUUCAUUUCGCUGACCGCAACUUUUACUGCGAUUGGUGGAACGCCAACAAUAUCGACACCUUCUGGCGCACAUGGAAUAUGCCCGUACACAGAUGGUGUGUACGACAUUUGUAUAUACCAGUAGUACAAAUGGGUUACUCAUCUAGGCAAGCUUCUACAAUUGUAUUUCUUAUCAGUGCUUUCUUCCAUGAGUAUUUGGUUUCCGUUCCUCUACAAACUUAUAAAAUAUGGGCUUUCCUUGGUAUGAUGGGUCAAAUACCACUGUCAGCCAUAUCUAAAUUUGUUGAACGCAGUUUGGGUCCACGCAUGGGUAACAUUAUUGUCUGGGCAUCAAUCAUACUGGGUCAACCACUUUGCAUUAUGAUGUAUUAUCAUGAUUAUGUGGUCACGCACUUCCAUAACGCGCUCAACAGCACAGUAUACAAAGAGACUUAAUCAAUCCUUGCCCACUUAAGCUAGACGCACAUUUACGAACAUGAUUUUGCUGUUUUUUUUUUAUAAGACAAAUAUUUUGCAUUUAAAUUUAAAGAAAAUUUAAAUUGUUUUUUUAUGAAUUUUAAUAUAGUGAAGUACUACUUUUUGCCAAUAUAUUUUUGUAAUUAUAUUAUAUUACAAUUUUGUAGACAAAUCAAAAUAAAAUACAUGUAUGUAUGUAUAUUGUUAAAUACUGUAAUUUAGAAUAAGAAUAAACAAAUCUGAGUUAUGAAAGUUUGAGAAUUUCGAUGUUAAGCUUUUUUAAUGAAAUCAAA